UUAUAUUUUAUUAUCGACUGGAAUAUCGAUAACGUUUAUUAAUUUAUGCCUUUUUAUCUUUUCUGGUGAUGGCUUAACUUUGUUAUCUAUAGUGUGACUUUUUUUGAGGGGGCUUUUAAUCCACAUUUUUAUUUCUAGAUUUGAUUGGCGUUCAAUCGAUGUGAUUAUAAGCGCCGGGAGUUUUGUAACUUUUAUCAUCAUAAUGACAACUUUGUUUUACUAUUUCUAGUACGCAUCACGCAAAAUGAAUUGUAAAAUUAUAAAAAAAUUAAUUAGUACAAAUCGUAUCAUUUUUUACAAAUUUUAAUACUUAUUAAGAUAAAUUAAGCCAUAAAUUGAAAAUCUUAUCAAAACAUUAUAUUUUGUUGGUAUGAUUUUCACUUUUUACGCCAUAAAAGGAAUGGAAUAUUUUAUGGUUUAUAACUAAUUAAUGUAUUAAUUCAAAAAUGCUUUAAUCGAAUAUGUCAAAAUCUUAUUUCGUACAGUUUUAGUUAAUUUUUAUGGCCUCGCCAUGCAAAUAACCUGUUUGAUCAAUAAUACUGAAAAUUUUAUACCUUGACAACAACAAAUUUGUUACUGUCAAAUACUUUGAAGUGUUUCAAAUUUAUAAAAAAAUAUAUAAAAUGGUUCGUAUAAAUUUGAACUUUUCGAAGACCCAAUCAUCUUGGGUAAAGUUUGGUGUAAUAAACAAUAUGUGUUUUGUUGGAAGAGAUGUGGUCGGCGUCGGAGACGGUUGUUACAUCGCAUUUUACAAUUUAAGUACGAAAGAAGACAUCGUUUAUACCGCGAUUGACGAUGACCACGGCCAUGGAGUUAAAUGUAUUUGUGGUCACAAAACUAGUACCCUUUUUGCAUUUGGUGAAAAAGGACUGCAUGCAGGAAUCUAUGUCGUACGUUAUCCCGAUUUUGAAAUACAAGCAGUACUUCCACCAUCCGACGAUGGAUUGCUUUGUAUGACGUUCUGCGAAGGAAAUUAUAUAGUUUCUUUAGGCGAUUUACCCACUUUUGAACUUUGCGUUUGGAAUUGGAAAACUCUCGAGAAACUUGCAACUUGUAGGACCGACAUUUUCGUAGCAAAACAAUUGUUGAGAUCUAGUUAUGGUGCUCCGACUUAUUUAGCUCAAAUGAGCAUAAACGAACGUUUUUUAAACAUUUGGGACGUUUUGAUUUGCGGAAAACGCUGCUUAAUCAACCAACACAAAGUUGUACCAUUUAUUUAUCACCAACAAUUUGCAGCCGUUCAGUUCACAUCAGAAGGAGCUAUUUUUGUUCAAGAUGUAUUAGGCGAUAUCUACAUGGUGAAUACCGAAUACAAAUUAGAUUUAGUAAUACAAUGGGGCGCAGUUGGAAAUUAUCGAUGCAGCUUAACUUGGUAUAAAGGUGGAAUAUUAGCAAACGGGCCAGAUAGCGAAUUAAGACACUACAAAAAAUCUGGGAAUUGGAUAUGCGAUUGGAAAAUAAAAUUAACCGUACCUGUUAUUAAAGUUUUAGCAAGCAUUCGAGACAAUUUGAUAGCUUUAAAUGAAUACGACGAUAUACUUUACUUCGAUAACCAUCUUAACGAUUUCGUAACGUUACGGGAACACGAAAGCUUUUUCAACGAUUUUUGUAUCCUUUAUCCUGUUGGCGAAAUUAUCGUAACUAUGGCGCGGAACCAAGAGAUUACAGCUUGGGAAGUUUCGACUGGAAAGAUGCUCGAUUCGAUGACGCUUGGCGGUCCAGCGUUGUCCAUCGCUGAAAAUCCGAAUUAUCCUUAUUUUGCGGUCGGAUUUGGGCAUGGUAUGCUACAGCUUUUCUCCAUGUAUAAAGCGACCACGAUAAAACUUCUGGCAUCGUUUCAUUUGACAAGGAAUUCUUUGUCGAAGGUUGCUUUUGUUGAAUCUGGUAUGUUACUUAUUGCUGCUGAUAUGUCUAUCGGAGAAUUUUUUGUUAUUGAGGGUAGACCUGGAUCAAAAAUGCAAAUAGUAGCAACUUGUUGCGCAAACAGACAAAUCGCCGAUUUUAUUUUGGUGGCAUCACAAACUUGUUUUCGUUUGUUUGCUUUAAACGUUACCUCAGAUAAAUUCAUAGCAGGAAAUGUUAUUACAAGAUUUUGUGUGAUACGAGAUAAACCAUGUCCGAACGUAAAAGAUUAUUAUAUAGAAAACAAUAAUUUAUACACGAAAUUAUACGCAAAUGAAACUCCGCUUCGUGACAGAAUUUUCUACGCUCAACCAAUAAAUAGUAAAAGUCUUCAUGAACUUGAAGUACGUCGUGGUCACGAUUAUGCGAGAUUCACAAACAAAAUUCAUAGUAAACACCAAAUGAGAAAAAUUAUUUAUAAUUUUUCGGCUAAUUCGAUUAUAUCGUACGGUUAUGAUGGAUUGGUCAUAACAAUGGAUAAGAAUUUCGAAUUUAAAUACUGCAUUAUGAUUCAUCAUCGAUUAGAUGGUGGUAUUGUUAAAGCGUACGAAGAUCCAUUAAGAAGUCAGGUGAUCGCAUUAGGAAGAAAUAAUACUCUAUGUUGUUUAAAUAUGACAGACAUUAAAGUCACCGAAGACCAACGUAACGCAUUACGUGCGAAAUUGGACGAUGAAAAAAUGGUAACUAUGUUCCAAAUGCCGACGUUUGGAUUUUUACCAAAAGGUGAUUUGGCGGGAAAAACAUGGCUCGAAGUGGAAGAAUUAAAACUGUAUAGUGAUGAAUUUAAAAAAUGCGAAGAACAGAAAAGCGCAAUUAUGAAACGAUUUAAGUUAGUUAAAAGCGAAUUAAAAAAGUUGUUGACGAAAAAUCAACAAGGUCCGGAAAACGAACUUCUGGAUAUUCAAGAUUUUAAUUUGGACUUGGAAUUCAAAAACCAAAUGAUCGCGGAUAACGUUAUAAAAUGUAAAGAAACCAAAAUUUACUUGGAAGCCUUGAUUGUUGCCCAAGAUAAUGUCUCAAAGUGGAUUAAAAGUUAUUGUUGGGAUCCGAUGAAAGUUCCAGGCAAAACCAUUUUUGGAAUCUUUUCGGCCAUCGAUGUCGAAAAUUACACUUUAUUACCUGACGAUAAAGGACAAGAACAAAUCCUGAACUAUAUUGAGCAAUAUCGGGACAUUGAAAAACUAAUGGCCAGUUGUGACAUUUUUGAACCAUGGAAUCCAAUAGAUCCUGACGAUUUAUGGGAAUUCACCAAAAAAGCUCCGUGCAUUGCUAAAGAACAAGAAGAACAAACCAUUAUGGAUGAUAUUGAUAAUGAUACCGAUUUAGUGCAGGAAGAUGCCGAUACGUAUCCAUCCAAAGAAACUCAAGCCGCGUUAAUGGGCUCAUCGACUCAUCAAUUUGUCGAUCUGAUACCAGGACAUUACGAUCAGAGACAAAUUCAAACAUUUUAUCAAAGCGAAUACGAAACUUUAUUAUUAAAAGCGGAAGAAAUUAAAUUGAUGAAAUAUUUUAACAAAGAAUUCGACGCUGUUAUGGCAAUUAAACAAAGAGACAUGAAGAAUUUGCUCGACAGAAACGCUCGUUUAAGGGUUAUCAUAUCGGAAUUAAACUUUUUUACCGAACAACAAACCGAUAUUUUUGUUGUCGAUCCAGUUUGGGAUCAAAAAGAGGAACCAGAUAAAAUUUUGGAAGUCACCGAUGAUGAGAUAACCAUAACACCAUACAUUUCACCAAGUCAACAAGCAAUUUUGGAUGCCGAAGCGGCUGAACGCGAACGAAUUCGUCUUUUAUUGUUAGCAGACGAUUUUAAAGAACGUGCUUUAAUGAGAAUGAUGAACGGCGUUUUGGAAAUUCGUUGGGAAGAUGAAUUAAGAAAAGAUGUUCCGUUACCGAAAUGCGUUAUUGAGAAAAAACCGGAAGAGUUUAAGGAGGAUGAUUUGCGCGCCAUCAGAGACUAUGAAGAAGCGGUGAAAUUUUUGGAAAGCGAACGAUUACGUUAUCGACGAAUGUUGUGCGCUGAAUACGGUCAAUUAGGAACGUCAGUACGUGAAAGCGUUGUUAAGUUUAACAAUCGAAUUGGAGAAUUGUUAUUAGAAAAAAUUAAAGUCGAUGCCGCUAUCGAUGCUGAAUGUUUGAAAAUACAUCGAAUGAGAAUAAUUAAUAUGAAAAAAAUUGAAAGCAAUGAAAAGGAAAAGGAGCUUUUACAGGCGAUUAGCAAUAAUGAUCAACUUCUGGAGGAAUUGCAGAAAUUAAUAAGUACUCUUCCGGAAAGUAUCUCGGAGAUUAACGUUGUUAUGGAUGCUUUACACGCUAAAGAGAAACUGCUUGAGAAGGUUUUCCGGCGGGAUAUUCAAGAUGUUAGUCCAGCUGCUCAAGAAGUAGCUAUUAAACUUUAUAAAAAAAGACCAAAAACUAAUUUAAAAACAAUUACUACAGCAUACGUUUUACAAGAACUUGCUCGAUGCGUUGUAACCAAAGGACGUUCUGCGGUUUUAGGAACAGAAGCUUUAGAAUUUUUACGAGCAAUGGACAAUAUGGAUUUAUAUGUAGGAAUUCCAAAUGCCGUUGAUGAACAUUUAUACGAAGUUGUUUGUAAAAAUAGAAGGUUAAAAAUUGAAAGCGAAUUAAAAAUUCGUGGAACAUCAUUAGAUAUUGCAGAAGCGGAAUCAACAGUGGCAGCUUAUCAGAAUAUGUUAUUAAAAAAGAAAGAAUAUGGUAGGCAAUUACAAAGCGAUUUAGCAACUUUAAGAAAUGAUAGAUUAAAUGCCGCCGAAAAUAUGGAAUUACAAUUGAUGAUUAAACAAGGUUACGUUGAGUUAAUUCAAACUGGAAGUAUUUCCGAUUUUUCCGAUGCCAUUUUAAUAUGUAGAAAAGAUGUGGAGGAUAUCAAUGAUAUUAUUUUGAAAGGUGGUAAUAGAAAAUUAAAAGUAAUGCGAGAUGGUAUGGCGUUUAGAAGAGGUAUCUUAGCAAUGGAAUGGACUCAUAAAAAGAUGAAAAUGCAAAUUACUGAUUUAGAGCACUACUUAAAAGAAAUCGAAGCCGUCCAAGUUACAAAAGAUGUUCAACAGUAUUUACGAGCGAAAGCAAGGGGCGAUUCCCCCGAUAAAGGGAUAACUUUUGAACAAGAAGUUCAGUUGGUUAAACGUUCCUUUGAAAGAAUCAUCGAAGAAAGGCGACAACAAGUCCGCGAAAUUCAAAAGAAAAUUGUUUCAAUUCGUAAAAACUCAAAAAUCAUCGACAAACAAAUUUCGGAUAUAAAUGUUGACGUUUGUGAACAAAAUCUUAUAAUAGAUCGUGAAGUUUUAGAAAAAGAAAAGGAAGUUGUUCAACAAAGAACUAAUGCUUUGAUAAAACGUACAAAAUUAAUCAAACAAAUUCAAAGCAACCACAACGAAAUUUUAGUUUUACAAACAGAAUUGGAAUUACUCAGAUUAAAAACAUAUCCAACAUUAAAAUAUAAGAUAUUUGAAUAAAUUAUGGAGAUGAUUUUA